UGAGCAGUAGCUGGCGCCUCCACCUUGAGCAGUAGCUGGCGCCUCCAUCUUGAGCAGUUGUCUCUCCAUCUUGAUCCUGAUUAGCACCCUAAUCUUGUUCCCCAUUAAACGAAGAAACAGUACAUCAUUCGAUGAAAAACAUGACUGAAAUCACACAAAUGAAAAAAAUUCAACGAGUCUACAACGAAUCAAUGAAGCUGUUGGACGAAAAUUUGGGCGAUUUACGCUUUUAUAAGUACUGUUCAAGUUUUGAUAAGACUGACUACAUAUACAGCAUUAUGGGUGACUGUCAUGGCAUCAACCGGCAGACACUCAAGAACAACUUGGAUGGCUCAACCUCAACAGAGCAGGACGUGAGGGAUGAUAUAUCCUUAGCGCUGGGUGAAGUCUUUUGGGAGACGUUUAAGCGAGAGGUAAAUGAAUUUGAUGUCGUGCAUGCUUUUAACAGGCAGAAAACCACCUAUUAUUUCUUCACCAAAGAAGAAGAAAAAUUGGUGAUUUGUCUCGAGUUGAACCAACAAGCCUCGAAAAAAGUAGCUAAAAUCUUGAAGGAUGAAUUGCCUUAAAUUGAAGGAAAUGUAGUUAAAGGUUUUGGGUUUGAGUUCUGGAUAUA